CCUAAAGAGGCAAGUCAACAUUUUGUCAUUGGUAUUCUGUUCUUGUGAUUGUGCACAUGUCUCGAAAGAUUGAGCAAUCGUCUUUCCUCUUUUCUUAGCGAGUUCAUUCAAAAGAUGGCGAUGACAUUGAAUCUCUACGGGACCGUUUUUGUGCUCCUCUCAUUUCCGGUUCGUGACAUGGAAUUGAUAAAACGCCCAGAGGCUUACCCCAAGGCUAAUUUCCAAUCCGACAAAUCUGAUGACCAAUUGGUGCAUGAGGAGCUCAAGGCCAUCCAUCCUUUCAUGUCCCGGUGCUCUGUCUCCAAUUCAAAUGUGGUGAAACCAGGAAGCGAUCAGUGGCUUGGAAGCAUUGGAUCAUCCUUGCGCCAAUGGAUCCACUCGAUCCAACCCAAGUGGAUCAGGGAGCAGAGCAAAUUAUGGCAAAUGGGAACAACCCAGAGAGCUCACCACUUGGGCAAGAUAGUCGAGGCUCGACGAGCCGAAUUUGCAUCAGAAAUCAAACCCCUGAUCUGUACCAAGGAGUGGUUUCAAGACUCAAUUUCCUCCCGAGGAUCUGAGCCCAGAAGUGGGACAGACGAAAAUCCAGGAUCACUCAAGCCUAAAGCCAAGAAGAAGAAGUCAGAGAAGAGGACCAUUAGUCCAGAGGGCAAAAAGUUGCGAUUUCUUGACAUCUCAGAUCCUCCCUUCAAAAAAGACCGCGGGUCAUUGAAUGGAACCCAAGAUGGGCCUGAAUUUGAAUAUCUUGGCAAGACCAUGGUACACAGAGGAUCACCAGCAGAUGGAAGAAAAUUGUUCCAUGGUGAGGGAUCUCUACGUUUUUUGAGGACCCCCAUCUCGGACAACAACAAUCAAGGAGGGACAAGUGUCCAAAGAAAUGGCCGACCUCGUUUUCGAUUUCCUUGGUUGGACUCGCUGAGCAUUCGAGAAAUCAAAGGGACCUUUUGCGAGGGCCAGCUUCAGGGAACAGCCUGGAUAGAAUUGGAUCAAGAUAUCCUCAUCGAGGCAAAUUUUCUGGAGGGUGUUUUGCACGGACCCAUUAUGGUUAUGGGACUCUCGGACGGUCAUCUGGUGGAUCCUCUCUACCGAAAUACAACCGAGGACGGGGAAAAUGGAGAUGAAUAUUAUGUGCAAAUGGUGGGCAGUUACAAGAUGGGAAACCCUUUGGGUCCAAUGUGGUUCUUUUAUGGAAAUGACUUCCAAAUGUUCCAAUACUUCGAACUGGACGCCAAUCAUGAACCGGGACUUUGGCCCGACUACGGAGCCUUUCUCUAUCCUGAUCUGGAGACCGCAAUCCUCGGCCAAUUCCACCAAAGAGUCCUUCUCCGAGGUCAAGGGUCUCGUGUCAUUGGGGAGGCUUGUCAAAAUGGAUGGAUCAGAGACUUGACUUUUGAGUUGCCAAGAGCUGGAUCACCCCAUUUCAAGUAUGGACCACCAUCUCAUUACUCGUUUGGCCAUGGUCCUCAACUUUCAGAUCCAUACGAGGACCAAUCAGUGAGGGUGAGGGCCAUUUGGUUUGUCUGUCCAUCUCAUGGGAGGAACAGAGCGUUAAUACGUGUUUAUUACGACCUUGAAGAAGGCUUAUUUGCGAAACGGGACAUCAAAAAAGGCCAAACUGUGGCCUUCUACAGUGGGCUGGUGAUUCCCUGUGACCUAGAAUUAUAUGGCAUGUCCGUUGUGGAGCCUACGGAAUCCGAGGAUAACAACAGGACGUCCUAUCUUUUAUCUUUGAUCCAGAAAGACGGAACGAGUUAUUGUUUGGAUAUUCCUCCGGAGUAUGGCCGAGACGUGAGGCGAUAUCGUGCCACUUUGGGACAUAAAACCAAUCAUUCCUUCCAUCCCAAUUCCAUAUUCAGAGAGGUUCCCAUGCAUCCCAGAUUUGGAUUCAUCAUGUCCUUAGUGGCCAAACGUGACAUUGCUGAGGGUGAAGAGAUCUUGGUCAACUACAAUUAUGAAUUAGAGGAAGCGCCCAAAUGGUUUCAAAAUCUAUACCAAGAGCGCACCCAAAGCAAGGCCGCCGAUUAUGUGGAGAAGAAAGGAGCUUCGAAAUUUGUUCCAAUGAGAGGCUCUGUGCUCUGAAGCGUUCCAAGAAAAGGGGAUAAACGUCUCGGCUCGUUCUUUUCAAAGCUAAUGUGUCUGGUGUCUGACUGAAAUAUUUGCUCAGCAAAGUGUAUUUGCUGGAAGUGGAAAAGGCUAAAGACCCAUUCGCUCUGAUUUGGCCUUGAAUGAGAGAACAUUUUGCACAGAAUAUCUUGUUUUCGGUUACAACGUUGUUAUCAUUCAUUGACAACCCUUGCUGGGAACAAACUUGCCGCACUAUUUGAUAUGUUCUAUUUACAGUAUUUUCAGAAGUAAAGAAUAAUUUGAGUAACAGG